AUGGGGAAGAAGAAAAUAUCAGUGGAAGAGGAAGCAGAAGAAGAAUUAUUUCUCAUUCUCACGCCAACAAUAACUCAGUUUCAUAAUUUGUUCUGUUUGGUGCUAUAUGAAUGUCUGUAUGUAGGAGAGAGGGAAUAUUACGAGAGACAAUUCUCGACCCUCCGAUCGUUCGAGGAAGUCGACGGUCUCGAAUCGCCCGGAGAGUCUCCGGCGAGCGAUACCGAGGCGCAAGAUCGAGAUCAAGAACAAGAACAAGCCCGACACGAGACAGCCAUCAAUGUCUCAAACUGGGCAAACGUUUUCCUCCUCGUUUUCAAGAUAUAUGCGACGGUGAGGAGUGGAUCUCUGGCGAUUGCGGCGUCGACGUUGGAUUCUUUGCUGGAUCUAAUGGCCGGCGGGAUUCUGUGGUUCACACACAUGUCCAUGAAAAGCAUCAAUAUUUACAAAUAUCCCAUCGGAAAAUUGAGGGUUCAACCCGUCGGAAUCAUCAUCUUCGCCGCUGUAAUGGCUACUUUGGGGUUUCAAGUGCUGGUUGAGGCAGUGGAGAGGCUGAUCCAGAACCAGGGCUCGGACAAGAUGAGCUCUGACCAGUUUCUAUGGCUCACUCUCAUCAUGCUCAUGGCCACUGCUGUUAAGCUUCUCCUUUGGUUUUACUGCAGAACCUCCACCAGUAAAAUCGUUCGUGCCUAUGCAAAGGAUUAUUAUUUCGAUGUGGUAACGAAUGUAAUUGGGUUGAUUGCUGCGGUGUUGGGCGACAAGUUCUUUUGGUGGAUCGAUCAAAUUGGGGCCAUUGUUCUCGCUGUCUACACCAUUGUAAAUUGGUCGGGCACGGUUCUUGAGAAUGCCGUUUCAUUGGUGGGGCAAUCAGCUCCGCCAGAAAUGCUACAAAAACUCACCUACCUCGUCCUCCGACACCAUCCUCAAAUCAAACGGGUCGACACGGUCCGUGCAUACACCUUCGGGGUUCUUUACUUCGUCGAGGUGGAUAUAGAGCUGCCAGAGGAUUUGCCAUUGAAAGAGGCUCAUGCAGUGGGGGAGACAUUGCAGAUAAAGAUAGAGAAGUUGGGGGAAGUUGAAAGGGCCUUUGUUCAUUUGGAUUUUGAGUGCGAUCACAAGCCUGAGCACUCUGUUCUUCAUCGCCUCCCUUCAGCCCAGCCUUAGAUUCUUUUUUCUUUCUUUCUCUUGUUUCAUAAUCAUAAUCUCCUUUGAUCUUUUUGGAAUUUGAAAGAUGUGUGUUCGUUUGGUAACGUUACUAGU